AUGGCUGAACCUGGACAGAGUGAAAAGGCAGUGAUUCCCUGUGAGGAAGACCUCAGGGAACGUCCACUGGCCAUUAAGGAGGACUUGUCAUUCAACAAAGGUUUAAAAGGUCCUCUGUCUCCAGAGAUAGGAGACUUAAGCAAUCUGAAUAUUCUCAUCUUGGCUGGUUGUAGCUUCAAUGGCAGCAUUCCAGAUGCAUUGGCGAAUCUUUCACAGCUAUCCUUCUUCCAUUUCAAUAAGAACCAGCUUUCAGGUACCAUUCUCCCAAACUUUUCAGCUCUGACAUGGUUCUCAUACAUGUAUUAUUUGAUGGAAAUGAUUUAUCUGAUUCUAUACCAGAAACAUUAGGACUAGUUCAGACAUUUAAGG